CUUGGCGAAGGACCCCGGACGCCGGGGCGGCGGCCCCGGACGGCGAGGCGGCGCUACCUUCACAGCAGGUGGCGGGCGCGGGAUGCGGCGGACGGCCUCCUCGGCAGCUUGGGCAGCGAGGAGCCGGCAGGAGGUGGUCGUGGCGUGGGCUUCUUCCACUCUAGAUCUGAAGGAGCUUGUCCACCUGGGAGCAACAGAGAUUGCGCACACAGAUGGGUUCCCUCACAGACGAAGAGGUAGCUGAUUCUGAGAGUCAGGUGACUCCCUUUGCUAAGGCUGGGGUUUUCAGCAAGAUGUCAUUUUGGUGGUUGAAUCCUCUAAUGAAGAUGGGCUACAAGAAACCCCUUGAGGACAAAGACAUGCCACUUCUAGGCGCCACAGAUCGAGCAUGCAACCAGUACUCGAUGUUCAUGGAGAAGCUGAAUGGAAAGAAGCAGUCGUCGUCACACGCCACACCAUCAUUCUUCUGGACUAUUGUUUCCUGUCACAGGCGUGCCAUCUUGGUCUCGGGUUUCUUUGCUUUGCUCAGGGUUCUUGCCGUAUCAACAGGCCCAAUUAUUCUCAAGGCAUUCAUCAAUGUAUCACUUGGGAAAGGGACCUUUAAACACGAAGGUUAUGUGCUUGCUGCGUUACUAUUCAUCUGCAAAUGCUGUGAAUCUUUGUCACAGAGACAGUGGUAUUUCCGCACUCGGAGAUUAGGAUUGCAGGUGAGGUCACUCCUGUCAGCAGCUAUUUAUAAGAAACAACAGAAGCUAUCAAAUGCAGCAAAAAUGAAGCACUCUUCUGGAAACAUUAUAAACUAUGUGACCGUCGAUGCAUAUCGGAUUGGAGAAUCCCCAUACUGGUUCCAUCAAACAUGGACAACAAGUGUUCAGCUUUGCAUUGCUCUGGCAAUUCUAUACAAUGCGGUUGGUGCUGCAAUGAUUUCAUCUUUGGUUGUCAUCAUUCUGACCGUACUGUGCAACGUUCCAUUGGCUAGACUGCAACACAAAUGUAAGACUAAACUUAUGGAAGCACAAGAUGUGAGAUUGAAAGCCAUGUCUGAGUCAUUAGUUCAUAUGAAGAUCUUGAAACUUUAUGCUUGGGAAGUUCACUUCAAGAAGGUCAUCGAGGGGCUGAGAAAGGUUGAGUACAAGUUGUUGUCAGCAUUUCAGCUUAUGAGGGCAUACAACAGUUUCAUGUUCUGGUCUUCACCUGUUUUGGUUUCGGCAGCGACCUUUCUGACAUGCUAUCUUUUGAAAAUCCCUCUUGAUGCUAGCAAUGUCUUCACCUUUGUGGCAACUCUACGUCUUGUGCAAGAACCAAUAAGGUUAGUACCAGAAGUUAUUGCCGUUGUGAUACAAGCUAAGGUUGCGUUCACUUGGAUAUCAAAGUUCCUUGAUGCACCUGAGCUAAACGGGCAAGUUAGGAAAAAAUACUUUGUUGGCAUUGAUUACCGUAUAGAGAUGAAUCUGUGUAGCUUCUCGUGGGACGAGAACACAUCAAAACCAACUCUAAAGAAUAUAAAUCUGAUUGUCAAAGGUGGAGAAAAGAUUGCGAUUUGUGGAGAGGUAGGAUCAGGAAAGUCGACGCUUUUGGCUGCUGUACUCGGAGAGGUACCAAAAACUGAAGGCAUGAUCCAACUCUGCGGAAAGAUAGCAUAUAUUUCUCAGAAUGCAUGGAUCCAAUCAGGAACUGUGCGAGACAAUAUUCUCUUUGGAUCAUCGAUGGAUGAGGAAAAAUACCACAACACACUCAUGAGGUGUUCGUUGGUCAAGGAUCUUGAAAUGUUGCCAUAUGGAGAUUGCACUCAAAUUGGGGAGAGAGGAGUAAAUCUUAGUGGUGGUCAGAAGCAGCGCGUCCAGCUUGCUCGUGCACUAUACCAAAAUGCAGACAUCUAUCUUCUUGAUGACCCUUUCAGUGCUGUUGAUGCCCAUACAGCCACAAGUCUUUUCAAUGAAUAUGUCAUGAGUGCUCUAUCAGAGAAGACUGUUCUUUUGGUGACGCACCAAGUGGAUUUUCUACCCAUAUUUGACUCCAUUUUGUUUAUGUCACAUGGAGAGGUUAUUCGGUCUGCACCUUAUCAAGACCUAUUGGUAGAUUGUGAAGAAUUUAAAGACCUUGUAAGUGCCCAUAAAGAUAUUAUUGGAGUUUCGGAUCUUAAUAACAGCAAACCCACUCAAAGACCUAAGGAAGUAUCAAUAACGGAGACACUUGAUAUUCAUCGAAGUAGAUAUACAGAGUCUGGGAAGCUAUCGCCGGCAGAUCAACUGAUCAAGAAAGAGGAAAGAGAAACAGGGGGUGCAGGUGCUAAGCCUUAUAUGCUUUACCUGCGCCAGAACAAAGGCCUCCUUUAUUUCUCGUUGUCAAUGAUUGCCCACACAUUUUUUGUAGCUGGGCAAAUAUUACAGAAUUGGUGGAUGGCUGCUAAUGUCCAGAAUCCUCAUGUUAGUGCGCUGAAGUUAAUUUCCGUGUACAUUAUUACCGGAGUUUGCACAAUGUUCUUCUUGCUAUCAAGAUAUUUGCUGGUCGUGGUUCUUGGGAUCCAGACAUCAAGAUCCAUAUUUUCCCAGUUGCUCAAUUCAUUGUUCCAUGCACCAAUGUCCUUUUUUGACUCUACUCCUCUAGGAAGGGUUCUUAGCCGGGUAAGAAUUCUCAAUGAAUGGAAUGUUAAACAGCGUUGCUAUGGUGUCAAGGUGGUUCGGUUCAACCAUAUAUUCUGGUGCAACCGCAUAGACUAGAUAGAUAUUCUCUGUAACAAUAUUCUCCUUCUAGUUUAUCCCUUGUACUCCAAGUAGCUUAUCCCUUGUAUCUCAAGUUUCUAUCCCAACAACUUGUACGCUAUCAGGGAGUUGCGCCCCUGUCUUUAUAACAUGCAGCCGUCGCCCUGAACCGGGUACGACGUUUCCCACA